AUGCGGACGUCGACUUUCACUUCAAGAUUCCGAAAAGACACUGGACAUGAAAGAGGACCAACGAAAAGAGUGGAUUACCGAGAGCAUGGCGCGUUAACGGACCUGCGAGCGAAUUCUAUUUUCCUGGUUUUGAGUAUCAGCCUCAUGAUGGGAAUCUGCUCAGGUGUCACUAACGUGGAACAAUCGCGCCAUGGAAGGCAUAUUCGUUGUGUUCAAGGAGGGGUAGAGCUUACGGCAGUCGAUCGAAUACCGUACGUAGUUUGCGCAGAAAAUUACUGUGCGCACUACGCGUUACCAGAUGUAGUAGAGCUAGUGAGAUUUCCACCUCAGAUAACACUCCAUGAACAUGACGUGCAGUGGAAAUUUCUAGAGAAUUCCUCGUUGGUAGCAAUUGAGACAACGUGUCCCCCAGCACCCUUUUGUGACAAUGUGGACUGUACAUUCUGUUCAGCUUUGAUAUUCAAUCCAGAGUGCUGGCCGGUAGGGGCUAUCGGAGUGACCGCGUUGCUACUAUACUUCAUUAUUACAGGCUGCUAUGUAUUUCUGUAUGUUCCGCUUACCAUGGGGAAACCAGUUCGCAUUCUUCUUACCUGCAUGCAGUACGCUUUUGGAUGGCUUUCUAGGAUGGCAUGGCGCGCACUUUGUCGCUUCCGUCGUAGACGGACAAAGGACUUACUCGAGUUGCUGGCAAUAGUACUAGGACUAGCGUCUCUGGUGUGCACGGUGAACGGAUGUCAAGAAAUUAACAUUUUUUCCCAUCGUAACACGGUCUGCAGCACUUCCGAGGACAAACAACUGUGCAAGGUCCAUAAUCAGAAAAAGAAGUACGUUGCUCAUAUGAUUCCGAGUGUGCCGGUAAAAUGGGGCGCAUUUUCCUUCUCGCUUAGCUCACUUACGCUGCCACCCACACCAGCUCUGAAUACACACUUUAUUGCGGACAAUAAUGAAACGGCUCUGUGGGAUUCGAGUUUAGUUCCAGCGUUAUUCUGUCAAAAUUCGAGUGCGGCGGAAAAGCUUCAGUGCGAAGUAAGGGAGGAAUGCGCAUGUUAUCCAGCCGAAUUAAAGGUCAACUGUAAAUGCAAAGGCGUGGAUAUCGCGGAAUGGUUCAGGAAUCUCCAGCACCGCUUUCCUGUAGUAACUCCGGCGCUAACGUUCCGAAGAAAUCAGGAAGGGUUGGUGCAAGCGAGUAUUUCGACAAUGGUUAUGGCAGAGAUUGUGAUUAAUAUUCAGGAUGAGUUCGAAACGAGUCUCCUAGUAGAUGAAGCGAUCUGUACAGUCCCCAAUACAAAGUUCGACCGGAUCAAGUACGCGUUUUCCAGGAUGGCUGCACAGGACGUAGACGACGACACGAAGUAUUGGUCCACGUUUAUGGUCAAGCAGCACUACAGAUGGGAAGCCAUCAAAAGCGACCUGGAUGCAAUGUCCGAAGCGUUUCAACAACAGAUCAGUAUCGCGUCAAUGAUCCAGCUGCAGUGGAGCUAUACCCAGACAGAAGAAAGCUUUGUGUUGGGGACCCCGGCUCACAAGAUCCGGACUGUGUCGAAGGUUAUGAAGGACCUGAUCCUGACGAGAGAAAGGAUUUCGCGUAUGGGAGUUCGCUUUGUGUGCACCCUCCGCUUCUACAAGGACCAAAUAUUCAUCGGUAAGCCAAAGAAGCCUAAGGAGGAAUGGGAAAGUGAAGCAGAAGCAGCUCUUCUACAGCUCGACAAGAACGUUAAACGAUUCAGUGCCGUUAUCAAGGAAAUGGAGCGUGAGAUGGAGCAGGCAGAGAAGGACUUCAACGUAGGGCCCUGCCACACGAACGCUCAACACAUCAACACCUUAUUCCGUCGAGCAUUCGAUAAUUUGACCGCAACGGAUAAGGACAGUGCUGAGAAACGUUUCGAGACUCUUCAGCAAAAACUAGACGAACAGAGUGAAGAAAUAUCGCGUCUGAAGAAAGCGCUAGAGCCGAAGCAGAAUACGGCGGAAGACGUGGAAAUGACGGAUGAUGCCUACUGGUCGCGUAUGGUAGAAGAGGUCCACGAUGUCGACGAAGCGAACCAGGUCCAGACCUCCCCACCGGAACUCGUAUCCGAAGGCCCAGACGAGGAGGAAGAACUGGAUUUCCGGUCAGCGGCUGGUGAUGAGGAAGAGGCCAUGAAGAAAGAAGAUCAACUGAAAGUGGUGUGUGACGAAAAAGGAGAACGCGUAGUCGAAAGAGUUCAAGCUGAUCGAGUAGUGGAGCGCGUAUCAGAAGGUCGUCACGAGGAUCGUCGUCAAGUUCAAGCUGAUCGAGUAGUGGAGCGCGUAUCAGAAGGUCGUCACGAGGAUCGUCGUCAAGUUCAAGCUGAUCGAGUAGUGGAGCGCGUAUCAGAAGAUCGUCAUGAGGAUCAUCGUGAGGCUCCACGACGGGACGAGAGAGAGCUGGAGAAGCUGAUACAGGACGUGCAAAAGAAAAUCGACCACAUGGAACGAGCUCUGAAAACAUUCCCGUACAGGAAGAGGGAGACUUUCUCUCCUGGUGUGAAGAGGACGACCAAGUGCUGUUUCUGUGGCGUCGUUGGAAGGCAUUUCUCGGACUCGUGCCCGACAAUCACUGACGGGCAGGAGAGAUGGGAACUCAUGCUGGAAAAGGUAUUUCUGCCAAUACUGUCUGAACCGAUGUGGAAUCGCGUGAAAGGCACACCGUUCGAGUUCGUGAUUCCGAGUGAACAUCAUCAUACGGCUCUGUGUAGAGUCCCAGACAGAAGAGGAAGGGCCCGUUCGCGUAUCGAGGAGGCCAGGGAGGAACUUCGUCAGCUGCUGGGAGAGUUGGCGUUGGCUACGGUACUGCGCAGACGUGAGCAGGAAAAACGACAGGAAGGAGGAGAAACAAGGUGGAAGGAAGUGAGGGAAACCGGAGUUUGGGCUCAAUUUGGACUGAGAUGA